AUGGUGGAUGACUCAGACCUCGACAAGCUCCCCUUCCUGGGAUGCAUCGUCAAAGAGACAUUCCGCAUGCAUCCGCCCAUCCCGACGCUCCUCUACGAGGCUGCCAAAGACUGUGAACUCGGCAUCAACUCGGUUCCCAGAGGCUCACAAAUCAUAAUCAAUGUGUGGGCAAUCAAUCGCCACCGCGAGGCCUGGAAGGACGGCGACACCUUCCGGCCGAUGCGGUUCAUGCCAGGUGAGGGGGACGUUGCCGGGCGGGACCUCAAGGGUGUCUCCUUCGAGUUCCUGCCAUUCGGGUCUGGACGACGCUCGUGCCCGGCGCAGGGACUCGGUCACCACGCGGUGCAAUUGGCCAUCGCGUACCUCGCACACGGGUUCAGCUGGAAGCUACCCGACGGCAUGAGUCCAAUAGAGCUUGACAUGGGCGACAUAGCCGGCAUGACUGGGCCACGUGCCGUGCGCUUCUACGCCGUGCCCACCUCCCGACUCAACUGCUCAUUUUAA